GUUCUCUCUUUUUUCUUUAGUUUGCUUCUCACAAAGAGAAAUCACAUUACGUAUAUUUCGCCAUCGCGAUGACAAGCAAUCGGGAACUUCCACCUAAAGAAAGUGCUGUCUUUAGGAAUUUGUUGAAAAACUAUGAACUUCGACAAUAUAAAAAAGGUCUCAAGAUGGCUGAUUCUAUUCUGAAGAAAUAUCCUAACCAUGGUGAAACUCUUGCCAUGAAAGGCAUCUUCUUGAAUAACUUGGAAAAGAAAACGGAAGGUUAUGAAUAUGUUAAACAAGGUGUACGUAACGACUUAACUUCUCAUAUUUGCUGGCACGUUUAUGGAUUGAUGCAUCGUGCUGAUAAGAAUUAUGCUGAAGCCGCAAAGUGUUAUACGCAAGCUUUGAAAUACAAUAAAAACGAUGUCAACAUUCUCCGAGAUUUUGCUUUACUACAAACGCAACUUCGUCAAUACGAUGCUGCUGUGGAAGCUCGUGCUCAACUUUUGCAGCACAGACCUACAAACCCUCCAUUCUGGAUUGGAUUAGCAGUAUCAUACCAAAUGGCUGGCAAACCUGAAAAGGCUCUGGCUGUUUUGAAAUCCCAAGAAGAAGCUAUCAAGGAUACUCCUGUCAACUAUGAACAAUCGGAAUUACGUAUGUAUCACAACUGGUUACUUGAAGAAACUGGUGAUUAUGAAGGGGCUUUGGAACAUCUAAAAUCAAUUGAAACCAAGGUUAUGGACAAACGUAGUAUCAAGGAAAAGCGUGCUCAUUAUCUUACCAAACUUGGCAAGGUCGAAGAAGCGGAAUCUGCAUACCGAUUAUUGAUUAGUGAAAACCCUUAUGAUGGUCGUUAUAUCUCUAGACUUUUGGAAUUGAAAGGCUUUGAUAAAGAUGACAAAAAAUCAGAAGCAAACCAACUUUUAGCUGAUUUACUUGCACAAUAUCCCAAAUCAAAGGCAAUCGAAGAUUUAUCACUUCAUUAUGCAGAAGAUGAUUCAUUCAAGAUUAAGGCUCAAGCUUCUAUUCAAAAUGCUCUCCGUAAAGGUGUCCCAUCCUUGUUUGCAUCUAUGAAAAAGUACUAUGCAGAUGAAAAGAAACAAAAGGUGAUUGCUGAUUUGGUGGAAUCCUAUAGUGUCUCUUUGGAAAAAUUUGAAUCGUUUGAAGAAAAAGGCGCCAAAGAGCCUCCUACAGCUCUAUUAUGGUGCCUUUACUACCUUGCACAACACUAUGAUUAUCAUCGUCAAUUGGACAAGGCUCUUUCGAUCAUUAACAAAGCUAUUGAACAUUCACCUACUGUGGUUGAACUCUAUAUGACCAAAGGACGUAUAUUGAAGCAUUCUGGAAAACCUCAGGAAGCAGCAGAUGUGAUGAAUGAUGCUCGUGAACUUGAUUUACAGGAUCGAUUUAUUAACUCCAAGUGUGCCAAAUAUAUGUUGCGUGCUGAUCGAGUGGAAGAAGCUGAAAAGACCAUCGGCUUGUUUACAAGACGUGAAGUGGAUCCUAUUCAAGACAUGACUGAUAUGCAAUGCCAAUGGUUUAUGACAGAAGAAGGUUACUCGUUUAUGCGACAAAAGAAGUAUGGCAAGGCAUUGAAACGGUUCCAAGCUGUGGUCAAGUUUUAUGAUGAUUAUUUUGAAGAUCAAUUUGAUUUCCAUGCUUACUGUCUUGGCAAGUCAACUUUACGUGCUUAUGUCGAUAUGUUGCGAUCUUCAGAUCGAAUGCGUGGACAUCCAUACUAUGUCAAGGCAGCCAAAGGUGCAGUAGCGGUAUAUAUGAUCUUGGCUGAUAUUCCAAAAGAAAUCUCAUCUCUGGAUGAAGCCAACAUGACUGAAGCAGAAAAGAAGAAAGCAAAGAGUAAGGCUCGCAAGGCGGAAUUAAAGGCCAGCAAGGAAAACAAGGAAAAUCAAGACCCUACAACGGCCACAGUAAUCGAAAGCACCACAGCAGACGACAAGGAUCAACACACCAAAGAAGAACAACAUACCAAGAAGGAAAGCAAAAAGAAAGUGGAUACUGAUCCUGAAGGAGAAACUUACUUGAAAUCAACAACCCCUCUGGAUGAUGCCUAUAAAUUAGUGGAACCUUUACUGCAACUGAAUCCUGAAGACGCAGACAUCCAACUUUUAGUAUAUGAUAUCUAUAUUCGACAAGAAAAGUGGUUGUUGGCUAUCAAGACUUUGAACAAUGUUGUCAAAUUAAACAAGAAACAUCCUGACCUCAAAUCCAAGAUUGAACAAUGCAAAAAGGCUGUUGCUUCUCCUGUGACUCCUAUAGAUCCAAGACUUCAAACUUUGAUCGAUAGCCAACUUAACAAGCUUGUAGUUUAGACCUUUGUAUUAGUUUUUAGUCCGCGUAGCAUUUACACUCCCAUAUCUUUUUUUUUUUUUUUUUUUGAAAAAAU